AUGUCUAAAGUCACGAUUUCUGGAACGCCUAUCAGUCUUUGGUUUCUUGUUCGUGGAAGUACUUCUAUUUUUGACAUUACUGUAGGAAGUGAUAAUCGUGUUUCCGAGCUCAAGAUUAUUAUCAAGAAAGCUGCAGAACCUGAGUUUGACAGUUUCGCUCCGUACAGACUUAAGCUGUUGAAGCUUAAGAGCCCUGUUAAUGAAGGGCAUAUUUCCGAUAUUCAAUACUUCACGCUUCAAGAUAACGAGAGUGACGAGAAUGACAAUGUGGUUUUAAUGAAAGACAUGCGGAAAAUUGUUACUUACUGGCCUGAAAAUCAAGCACCGCCCGAAGAUCUCGUUCAUGUUAUUGUAGAGGCACCUGAAAUGUUAACGCAAGUGAACGUAGGCUAUGACCGUUUUGUAUCAAUAAUAUCAUCAUUCCAACCUAUAUUGCUUUUAUUUGCUGUCAUGUCAUUUUCUAACUUGUGUAUUGCAUCACGGAAUCAAGUAAUAGAAGAAUUGAGAACGCAAUUUGAGGCGCUUAAACUUGGUCGUGAACUUGGUUAUGAUGAAGCACAUUUUCAAUCGGAUUUACUUUUAGAGUCGAAAAUUAAACGGAUAAAGCGCGAAAAAGAAUACAGGGAAACAGUUAAGAUUGGCCUUAAAGCGAAAUCCCCUUCGUCUGACGCCAAGCCUUCUACCUUUUUCACAACUCAAAUAAACAACCCAAUCCUUAAUGGUCGACCGCUUGAACUUACUGGUCCUCCUAUUAUGGGUCAUGAUAUUAUUUCCGCAUCAGCAGACAAAUAUUUCGACGAAGAUGGACGUAUGAAGAUAAUGAGAGAGAUACUUUCGAAAAAAUUUGGCACUAUAGCAUUGACUAGUUAUGGGAAAGGUUGCCACUGCGAUGGACUACUUACGGCUAAAGUAAGCCUUCUCGACGCUUAUAUUGGGAUAAUCGAAGGAAAAAAUGAGGUUGGAUCAGGUGGAACUGAUCCCAGUCUUCAAGGAUCAAUAUAUUACCGAGAUUAUUGGUCUCAGACAGUAGUUGAACAAAUUCGAGAUUGCUGUUGUGUACCAUCCUUCAUUAUCACCAUUGCCGGACCAUGGAUUUGUGUACUCGGAGGCAUCUUCCUUAACAGGGCGUUGCGACUUGCUUUUGUACGACUCGGCAAUUUUUACAAUAAGUUAGACUUAACUUUACCUGGGCAGGCAGAACAGAGGUAUUUUCCCUAUCUUCGAAGUUUUAAAUUAGAUGAUAAUGUAAAUUUUAUCUACAUCGAAGAGCUGGAAGAUGAUCACACAAGAACUAUCUGGAAAGCCAAAACAACGAAUACAGAAAAUAAUUAUGAUAUUGUCGUAAAGUUUGUGAAAAAUUAUAAUAUAACAGCACAUAGUAUCUGCAGUGAAAGGGGUUAUGCCCCGAAACUAUUGUACCAAAGCUCUAAAAAUGAAUUCCUAGCUCUUGGAAGAUAUGGGAUGAUUAUUAUGGAAUUUGUUGGUAUCUCGCUAGAUAGAAAACUUAAUCAACGCGAUAUUAGACCUGAUAAUAUUAUUUAUAAAGAUGUAAGGUUUGCAAUAGAAUUGCUACAUUCAAUGGACUAUGUAUUUGCGGAUCUCCGUCUUCCAAACAUUCUAGUGUAUGAUGAAAAUGAAAUGCAACGAGCAAUGCUCAUAGAUUUUGAUUGGUGUGGAAAGCAUGAAGUGGAUAAGUAUCCGUCAUCAUUGAAUAUGUCAAUACAGUGGCCUACAAAUGUGAAACCCGGCACCUUCCUUAUGAAAGAACAUGAUAUUUAUUGGCUUGAAAA